AUGGGAAACGCGUAUAAAUGCUCGUAUUUGACACGUUUAUUUCGAUUAAAAUAUGAAGCUCGACAUCGAGGAGGAAGUGGCAUAAAAGGAAAUCGAAGAACAAAACGAACGUUGGUCAAAGAACGUCCAACAGAUGUCUCAUCAAUCGACGAAGAAACUGAUUUCGCUUUUCCCUUCAACGAAUUGAUGAUCUGGGCUGUUUUAUCAAGAAGACCUGAAAUGACUCGUUGCAUGUGGCAACAUGGAGAGGAUGCACUUGUCAAAUGUCAGACAGCGAUACGUCUGUACAAAUCAAUUGCGAAUCUCGCCGAACAGGAAUAUCUCGAAUUGGAAGUGGCGAAAAAGCUUCGACAACACGCUGCGGAAUUCAAAAAGGAGAGUCUCUCAUUACUUGAACAUUGCUAUCGAGCUGAUAAUGUGAUCACUGUUUCUCUUCUAACAGCAGAAAUGCCUCGAUGGGGUCAUCACACAGUUCUUUCGUUGGCCGUUCUUGCAAACAAUAAAGCAUUUCUUGCUCAUCAAUGCUGUCAACUCUUGUUGGCCGAGUUGUGGCACGGCGGGAUUCGAUUGAGGAGUCGAUCAAAUCUUCGUGUCCUUUUUGGUCUUCUUUGUCCACCAGCUGCUCUCACUUUGGCCUAUCGACAACAAGAAGAAAAAGAAAAUGAAGAAAAACCAACAAAGACGAAGAAAAAGGAUGCAGAAGAAGCGUGGAGACAAGCAAUUUGGCGGGUUCAAGAGACAAACAAGACCCAUUGGAGGGAGAGAAAUAAGUCAAUGGGAGGACAACUUGCUGAAAUCUUAAAGCGAUCAAUUGGUCGAAAAGCGAACUCGCUAAACUCACGCGGCCAGAGUGACUCGGAACCGAUUCUGGAAUGGAAUGGACCCAGAAAACCGGAUCCCCGUCUCUCGAUCGUCAAAAAAUUUGCCUCUUUCUAUACAGCUCCAAUCACAAAGUUUUGGGCUUGGGCUCUCUUCUUCCACAUUUUUCUCAUUGCUUUCAGCAAUGUUCUCGUCGUCGAAAUGCAAGCAAAACCCAUCCGCACCGAAUGGUUCCUUCUCGCCUACAUGGGAAUCUUUGGAUUGGAACACCUCAGAAAGUUACUCGCUCUCGAUCUAACAUGGAAAGAAAGUUUUCGAGUAUUCUUCAAUCGAUAUUGGAAUCUCUUCACAACAAUUGCUAUCUUAUUUUUUCUAAUUGGAUUCGCAUUUCGAAUGAGUUCUGAUGGAUACACGCGAAAAAUGUACGGUCGAUCGAUGCUCUGCUUCAGCAAUGUUCUCUGGCAUAUUAAAACUCUUGAGUAUUUAUCGAUCAGUCCACUUCUCGGAACUUACAUUCACAUGGGAGCAAAAAUGGUAGUCGCGAUGUCAUACAUUGUGAUCCUUUUGAUUGUUUCAAUGGCGGCUUUUGGCGUGACAAAACAGGCAAUUCACGACCCUCGACCUGAAUGGGAUUGGGUUGGGAUUCGCAACAUUUUUUUUCAACCUUAUUUCAUGUUAUACGGUGAAGUUUAUGCGGGAGAUAUUGAUCGAUGCAAUGAUGAAGGUAUCCAUUGUGUGCCGGGCAAUUGGAUUCCUCCAUUCAUUAUGGUCAUUUUUCUUCUUGUUGCAAAUAUCCUCCUCAUUAAUAUGCUAAUUGCUAUUUUCAACAACAUUUUCAACGACGCGAUCACGAAAUCUCAAGAGAUUUAUCUCUUUGAGCGAUAUCAACAGCAAAAUUCACGGCAAAACAAGGGUGUGAACAGUGUGAUGAAAACAUUUCUCGAUGAUGAUGGAAUGAGACGUGUACAUGAUUUUGAAGAAGAUUGUAUGGACGAUAUGAUGAGAGAAAGAAGAAAACGAGAAAAAGAAACACAUGAAGUCACCCUAAGACAUAAUGCUGAACAAAUCGAGUCGAUCUCUCAAAAAAUGCACGAAAUGUCGAUUGAGGGCGUUCAGUUGAGAUAUCGUUUAAUCGAAAUGGAGAAACUCAUCGAACAAUCGAUGCGUGUCAGAAACCAAUCGAUCACUCGGCAAGACCAUAAUCGCUAUGAGAUGAUUCCGUCUGCCUCUUCGCAUUCUUUGCCCGAUACAAAUAUGUCUCACUCAUCUGGAAUUGCGUCAAUCAAACGACCAAAAACGCCGCCAAAGAAAUGCGAGUUCGAUUCAAUCACAGAAGGGAUUCCACUCACUUUCGUCGUCCCUGAGAACUAUCGACACAGUAGUUUAUAUGGAAACCAGCGACAAAGAAGACGACUACGACUUCAUUCUUCGUCUGUUUCCAUUAAUGCCGACAUUUCCGAAAUGGAAAAAACAUUGAAUUUG